UAUUGUUUUCAAGAAAUGCCAUGUUUUGAAGGAGCUAUCGGAACCCAACUACGCAUAAGAAUAGAAGGAUCUUACAAAAGGAGUGAGUUAUUGUCCGGAACAAGCUCCCUCAGGCUUGAUUCGGGAACAGAACGCUGGCGGAAAGUUUUUGCCCUCCAAAGCAAACGUGCCCCAUUAAGCCCAAUCUGUCCGUUCGGUUCCAUCGUGUGUCUUCCCAAGGGAACGAGGAUAGGAGGAACCCUUUUUAAGCUCCGUUCAACUAUGGCACCGGAAGAAACGGUCUCUAAGCUCGGUCGACUGCUGUUCUUCGUCGGUGCCGGAGUUGUUAGCACGGCAGGGAUAAACUUGUGGAGAAGCAUCGAGAGAGAUCGCCUAAAGAGAUCUCAAGAAGCGACGCAAUUACAGGAGAAGACAAAGCGUUUGGUGGAUGGAGUGACAGAAGCCUAGCGCUGCUUCAGUUUAGGGAAAGCUCUCUUUUUGUUAUUUUCUUUUCGGCGAUAAUUGGGGGUUACAUAGUAAAUUGGUUCUGGAUGCUAUUACAGUUUUAGGGGUUCUUACAGAUUUUUGAUGUGGGUAUAUUGAUGAGAGGGAGUUGUGUGAGUAUUGGCCAUAAACUACAACAGUUUGGGUUUUCCCAUAUUCAUAAGGUUUAAACUUGUGGGUGCUUUUUCAUCUAAGGCACAGAAAAUGUUAUUGGACAGUCCUGAUGAAUUUGACUCUUCAAAGAUCCUUUUACUUGUUCUUGGUUUUGUUGUUCC